AUGGUUAAAUUCUCUUCCUUGAUCGGCUUUUUCGGGCUGGUUACUUUGGCGCUAGCCGCUGACAGCGAAGCCUGGAAAACGAGGUCUAUAUAUUUUGUUCUCACCGAUCGAUUCGCGAGGACAGAUGACAGCACUAACGCCUGUCCAAACUUGGGCGAUUACUGCGGCGGGACAUGGAAGGGGAUGCAAAACCAGCUGGACUAUAUCCAGGGACUCGGGUUCGAUGCAAUCUGGAUCACCCCAAUCGUGAGCAACACCCCCGGCGGUUACCACGGUUAUUGGGCAAAAGACAUCUAUUCCGUCAACUCCAAUUACGGUUCCGCAGACGACCUCAAAUCCCUCAUCAAUGCGGCCCAUGCAAAGAGUAUGUACGUAAUGGUGGACAUCGUUGUCAAUCACAUGGGUGCCGGGGACAUCACAACCUUCAACCCCUUCAACUCAAGCUCGUACUAUCACAGCAGCUGCAGCAUCGACGACUACAACGACCAAAGGAAGGUCGAGCAAUGCCAGAUCGCUGGGCUCCCGGACCUCAAGACCGAGGACAACACAGUGCGCAGCCUGCUCCACGGCUGGAUCAGGAACCUGGUGUCGGAGUACUCCAUUGACGGACUGCGCCUAGACACGGUGAAGCACGUGGAGAAGGACUUCUGGCCCGGAUUCACCAGUGCUGCGGGUGUGCACUCUAUGGGAGAGGUGUUCAACGGCGACCCGGCUUACGUCGGGCCUUACCAGAAUUACAUGCCCGCGCUUGUCAACUUUCCCAUGUACUACUCCAUCAGCGACUGCUACGCGCGCAAAUAUGGAUUCCCGAACCUCGUCAGUCAGCACGACAAGGUCAGCUCUGUGUUCUCCCGUCCGGAGCUCCUGGGAACAUUUCUGGACAACCAUGACGUUCAGCGCUUCCUGAGCAUCAACAACGACUGGACUCUCCUCAAGAACGCUCUCUCAUACACCAUGCUCGCCCGUGGUAUUCCCAUCCUGUACGGUGGUACAGAGCAGGCGUACGGUGGCGGAAACGAUCCCGCUAACAGAGAGGAUCUCUGGAGGAGCGGGUAUGAUAUCAGUGGCGACCUCUACACAUUCAUACAAAAGCUCAUGAAGGUGAAGAUGGCUUCCGGUGGACUGGGUGAAAAUGAUCAUGUUCACUUGUACACCACCGAUAACUGCUAUGCUUUCAGCAGGGCUAGUGGCCGCGUUGUUGUCGUCACUACUAAUGGGGGAAGUGGUAGCAGCGGAACUUACUGCUUUAACACGCCAAAGCCGCAGGGGACUGUGUACACCAGUGGUCUCGGGUCAGCUGCUUACACUGCUGGUCCUAAUGGCAAGAUCUGUGUGCCCAUUUCGAAUGGGCAGCCAGAGGUUCUUGUGUCUUAA